UUAGAGUAUCAGGCUGAAAGCCAGCCUCUUCGGCCAUGUGAACUUCAGAGGGAGAAGGCCUUUCGUGAUGGGGAAGACUACGUCCCUCAGUGCUCAGAAGAUGGACAGUUUAGGAAAAUACAGUGCAAUAAAAAUGGUGUUUCCUGCUGGUGUGUAGAUGAAAAAGGCAUCGAAGUCACAGGCAGUAAGCAGUCUGGAUCUUCUAUUGCUUGUUUAUCGUUCUGCCAGCUUCAAAAGCAGCGGAUUCUGGUCAGCCGCUACAUCAAUAGCAGUGCAACUGCCUACAUCCCACAGUGUCUGGAUUCAGGUGACUUUGACCCCAUACAGUGUGACUUGGCCCUGGAGCAAUGCUGGUGCGUGGACGGUGAAGGGAUGGAGAUUUAUGGGACCAGGCAGAAAGGAAAACCAAAGCAAUGUCCUGGUCAGUGUGAUAUUCGAGACCGCCGCAUCCUGCAUGGCGUUGGGGAAAAAACUCCACCACAAUGUACAACUGAUGGAGAAUUCCUGCCUGUCCAAUGCAAGUUUGUCAACACAACAGAUAGGAUGGUCUUUGAUCUCAUCCAUCAUUUUAACAGGUUUCCCAGAGCAUUCUUAACAUUUAGUUCCUUCAGAAAUUUGUUCUCAGAAAUCUCUGGAUACUGUUACUGUGCUGACAGUCUAGGGAGAGAAUUAGAAGAUACAGGUCUGGAAAUGCUGCUUGAAAAUGUAUAUGACACAGUUUUUGCAUCGCUGGAACCAGUUCCCACCUUUGCAGAAAGCAGCAUGUAUAGGAUCCUACAGAGACGCUUCCUGGGAAUACAGCUGGCAACAACUGGCAGAUUCAGAUGCCCCUCCAAGUGUGAAAUAGAGUAUUCAACUGCCACUCGUUUUGAGGAGGAUUACAAGCCACUGUGUGAAGACAGUGGUGCCUAUAAGCCAACCCAAUGCCAACUGAAUGGAGAAUGUUGGUGUGUCGACACCAGAGGGCAAGAGAUCCCUGGAACAAGAAGGAAAGGACAGCAACCAAUCUGUGGCAAGGAGCCCACCUGUGUCUCUGAGAGACUGGUAUCUCUAUCCAGGCUUUUCUAUGGCCCUGUUGGACAUUUCAGCCAGGACAAUUUGUUUUCCGCUACUCAAGAGCCACAGAAAAUAGUUGGCUCCUCAAGAUUUUGUCCUCUUUCAUUCAAAGAUUUUUUUGUGGGCUCCAGAGUGCUGUCUCCCAUCUCAGGGAAAAACAGUGCUUCUCAGCUCCUCACAUUUGAAACCCUCCUUGGUGAAGCUGUUGGUGGAAUGUUUCCUUCACGAAACCUCGCUCAGGUUGCCCUCCAGUUUACCAACAGCCCCAAGCGAUUCCAAGAAAACCUUUUUGGGGGAAUGUUCUUGAAGAAUCUGGUUCAGUUUAACUUUACAGGAGCUCUUGGUCCUAACAGCAAGUUUAAUUUGGACAAGUAUUUCCAGCAGGUAGGGAUGAGAAGCGGAUUCAGUGAACUGGUCCAUCAACUUUUUCAGGAAGAUCCCCAGCAGAAGUUUAAUCUGAGCCAGUCUCUUGUUGACAGCUUUGGUCGUAUGGUCAAUUUACAGGACAAUCAGAAUGCCAUCAAAUUCCUUGCUUCUCUUCUUGAAGCCCCAGAGUUUUUCACCUUUCUACAGCAUGUGAUUUCUGUCCCAGAAAGUGUUACCAAAGAUUUAGGCAAUGUUGUGAGGAUUCUGUUGAAAUCAAAAGACUGCACAGAAGAGACCAAUGAUAUCUUUGUCCCAGAUUGUACUAAAGAUGGGAAGUACAAGGAGAUCCAGUGCAAUAGAGGGGAGUGUUGGUGUGUAGAUUUAAGGGGAAAAGAAAUCCCUGGAUCCAGAGUACAAGGGACACACCCACGGUGCCCUACAAUGUGUGAAAAGCAAAGGGCCAGUCUGCAACUCCUAAUAAGAGACCAGCCUGCAGGAUCUGAGCUGUUUGUUCCUUCAUGCACAGAAGAGGGGAAGUUCCUGCCAGUCCAGUGCCAUGGAAAAAACUGUUUCUGUGUCAGUUCAGAGGGCAUACCAGUUCCAGGAAUAGGUAGCAAUUCUGGAGAGCCCAUACAAUGUCCAAGUGACUGUCAUCUUGCAGGUGGUCAAGCUUUUCUAAGAUCCGUUCAGCAGUUCCUGUUGAGCCCCACUGCUGUGACUCAGCUGUCCAGCAUUUAUGUACCUCAGUGCAGUCUGGAUGGUCAAUGGAGGCCAAUACAGUGCAAUGGUCCACCUGAGCAAGCUUUUGAAUGGUAUCAAAGAUGGAUUACUCAGAACAGUAAUGGCAAUGCGCUUCCUUUCACUGACUUGGCAAACAUACUCCUAGACUACAAAGCAAGAUCUCAGAAAAGCUUUGAAGAUUUUGUCAAAAUUCUCUAUGAAGCUGGCCACCAGAAUAUUUUCCCAGAAUUCUCCAAAUACUCAUCAUUUGAAACUGUUCCUCAGGAUCUGCUGGAGGGCAAUACAUUACAGUCAUCUGAGAAUGUUUUACUGGACCCAUUCACCUUUUGGCAGCUUCUUCAGGGACACUUCAACCAAUACCCAGGAUCUUACAGUGACUUCAGUAUCCCGUUAGGACAUUUUGACCUUCGCAACUGUUGGUGUGUGGAUAAAAAGGGACGCCUGCAAGGAAGCCAAGCCAAUGUAAACCAAGUUCCAAUUUGUCUUGGAACGUGUGAAGCUGCAAAGCAAGAAGCUGUGCAGUUUGUUAACAAUGUGGAACAACUUAUUCAGGAGUCAAACAGCUCUCAUUUUCCUUUUGGACAAAGCUUUUUAAUGACCCAAGUGUCCAUGUUAACAGGUGAAGAACCCUGGAGUAAUUUUUCUCAGCUGGAAGUCACUUUUUCAGAAACAUUGUUGGCAGGGAGCGAUUAUGCCAUCCGGUUGGCUGCACAAUCAACCCUGCGUUUUUAUCGGAAGAGAUUCUUGGCAUCCCCAGACUCUGCAAGGGAGGCUGUGCGCUUGGCAUUUCAGCCUUAUAUCCCCCAGUGUGAUGGAGAAGGGAACUGGGAGCCCAUCCAGUGCUAUGAGAGCUCAGGUCACUGCUGGUGUGUAGAUGAGAUGGGACGUUAUGUUUCAGAUUCUUUGGUGACACGCUCAACACAACUGCCCCAGUGGGUGGACAAGAAUGGAGACUAUGCCAACAUUCAGAAAUUGGAUUCACAGGCCUGGUGUCUGAACCCUGUGUCGGGAGAAGUAAUGAAAGAGAGUGAAAUUGAUUCCAAUGGCGAGGUUCGUUGCCCCAGCUACUGCAGUCUGUUGAAAUCGAAGGCUCUGGUGCGGGAAAUGGGUAAAGGCUACAUCCCCCGGUGUGACAGUGACCGUGAGGGUUUCUCCUCCACGCAAUGCAGUGAAGACCAAGAAAGCUGUUGGUGUGUCUUUGACAAUGGUCAGGAGGCUCCAGGGACCCGAGUUAAUGGCCAGAGGCCUGCCUGUGAACGUCCACAGUGUCCUUUACCGUAUAAUGCUUCUUACCUGAGCAAUGGUGGGGUUUUUUGCAACACCCCCACUGCAACUUCAAAGACUCAGCAAUGCCAAGUGAUUUGCUCUCCAGGCUAUCAAGACGUCUUUUCCCAAAGCGAUCCUCUUCUGUGCGAUACUGAGAGUCUCCGCUGGCUUGCAACUCCUCCGCAUUCUCAAGCCUGUCAGAGAAUCCAGCCAUUCCAGAGCGUUCAGAUUCAAACCCAGUUUCAGCUCAUCUUGCCUCCCAAGAAGACCUGCAGCCCUGACUACUCUGGCUUGCUUGAGACCUUCCAGAUCUUCAUUCUGGAUGAGCUGAAAGCUCGUGGCCUUUGUAAUAUUCAGGUCAAUACUUUGGAGAACUUGGUAUCUAUUCCAGUUUGUGGUGAUUCUGCUGUCUUGGUCCAGUGUAUGGCUGCUGACCGUCUGGGAGUGAACAUCACAUGGCAAGCUAUGCUCAGAGAUGUGCCAGCUGCCUCACUUCCUGAUUUAUAUGACAUUGAGAAAGCCAUGGCUGGUGAGAACCUCCUUGGGCGUUUUGAAGAGCUGAUCAAGAGCGGUGGCUUUGUCCUCCAUUUGGACAACAAACAAUUCCAAGCAGACACUUCUAUCCGUUUCCCUGGAAGAGGAGAUUCUGGCACAUCUCCCAAAGUUUACUUGGGAUGCAAGAGUGGUUUCCAAACAGUCUUAACUACUGGAGAAGUGGUGCCAAAUUCUCAAGGAUGUGCGGUUUGUCCUCCAGGUUCCUCCUUCCAGAAUGAGAGCUGCAUUCCAUGUCCUUCUGGAUUCUAUCAAGACCGAGCAGGAAGUAACUUCUGUGUGAAAUGUCCUCUUGGGAAAUUUACUGUCUCCGCUGGAGCUUUCAGAGCAGAUCACUGUAUUACUGAUUGCCAGAGGAAUGAGCAAAUUGAACGGUGUGAUGAAAAUGGCCAGUAUAGACCUUCUUACAAAGAUUCUUCCACCCAAAAGUCAUUUUGUGCUGACAUCAAAGGAAAGAGAUUGGACUGGACAGAAGCAGAUGGCCCUUUGACAGAUUCCCAGUGUUCAGUCCUCAGACGUUUUGAGAAGGUUCCUGCUUCCAAUCUUAUGUUCAGCACAGAAGAAUCAGAAACAAUUGGAACUAAAGCAUUCCAAGGAGACCCUAUGAGCACCCUUCAACAAUGCAUUGCAGAGUGCGAGAAGGAUGAAUCCUGUGGGUUUCUUACCAUGUCAGCCAUGGGCUCGGAAACGUUGUGUGAGCUGUACAGUGCUCGGGAGAGCAAUUACAACUGCUCUACUUCUGGACUGGUUCAUGGUGUUUGGGAUAAUUCUCUCACCACUAGCAUUGCUAGUCUCAGCUGCCUAAUUAAAGUGAGAAGCCCAGAUAAGAAAAAUUCAUUGAGCGUGUACUUGAAAAAAGGACAAGAAUUCACUACAGCAGGAGUCAAGACAUUUGAGAAGACUGAUUUCCAGGAUGUUGUUUCUGGCGUGUACAGUAUUCGGGUAGUAUCAGCAGCUGGUACAUCUUUAACAGAUGUUCAUCUCUUUUGCCGCCAAGUCUGCCAUCAAGAUGCUUGCUGUGAUGGCUUUAUCUUAAGCCAGCUCAUACUUGAUGGAGGUAGUAUUGCAUGUAGUCUACUGAGUUCUCCAGGUGCAUUGAUCUGCAACCUUAAUGAUUGGGAUGGAAGCUCAACCCGUCAACAAGGUGAUAUAUGCCAACGAACAAAGUACAAGGAAGGGAGGAGCCAGUACACAGUCCGAAUUGGAGACCAGGUGCUUGCUGGAGCUUCUGAGCUUGCAGAUAACGCGGAAAACCCCUUCACCAGCUUUCAGCGUGUUUAUCUCUGGAGAGAUUCCACCAUGAUGACCCGCAAUGGAUGGACCAUGUGUGAUGCUACUGUUGUUCCAACACAGACUAAGUCUCUUCUAUCAGCUUCUACAAAGGAACUCUUUUCUAUAGUGGAAAACAACCAAAUUCUGACUGAACCAAAUCGUUCUCUGCCUUCCCAAAAAUAUUGGCUUUUCAAGCACAGAUACUCAGCUGAAGAGGUUCUUGUUUGGUGUCUUGCACGUUGUGUAGAAGAUGAGUUUUGUCUGCUGGCCGAUGUCCCGAAUAACACAGACACGGCGUUCUUUCCUUGCACCCUCUAUCCAGCAGCACAAGUCUGUAACACUUUCAUUAACAAUAUCCCUAACAACUGCAAGAUUGUGCUACCGCAAAAGCCCCGUCUUUUAUAUCAGAAGAUUGUAUCUCUUGAAGGGAGCGUCAAAAACUUUUACACCCGUCUACCAUUCCGUAAAAUGUCUGGAGUCUCUGUGAGAAACAAGAUGGAUAUGUCUGGAAAAACAGUGUCAAAUGGUUUUUUUGACUGUGAACGGCUUUGCGAUGCUGAUCCUUGCUGCUCAGGUUUUGGACUUCUAAAUGCUUCCCAAGGCACAGGCAGCAAGGUCUUGUGUUUGACUCUGGACAGUUUGGGAAUUCAAACCUGCAGCAAUGAAUUCAGAAGUGAUUGGCAGAUCUUCAAUUGUACAUCUCUGGAAACUGAGGCCAGAGUUCAUCCCUUUGGCUGGUAUCAAAAAUCCUCAAUUGUGCCCCGCGUGUGCCCACCAGUUCCUUUACCAGAAAAGCAAGGAAAAGUGACCUUGGACAAAUGGCAGCGUUUGGACCGGAGCUCCAUUCUCCUUGAUCCUUCCAUUUCUAAAUUUGAUGUCAUCCAUGUCAGCAGAGACCCUUCCAGUGAGUUUGCUACCAUCCGAGAUUUUUGUCUCUCAGUCUGUUCAAAGGACAACUUGUGCCUGGUGACUACUCUUGAAAUAUUGUCGUCAGCAAUACGAUGCAUAUUCUACCCAGAAACACAGAGUUGUACUCUUAGUCUCCAAGGCCACCAUUGCCGUAUUUUGCUCAAGGAGCCAGCUGCUUACAUCUAUCGAAAGCAAGAUGCGUUCCUACCCACUGCUGAAAGAAACAGUGACCCUUCAGUGCACAUCCCAUCACAAGGAACCUUGUUGGGCAUCUCUCAAGUGAUCCAAGUGGGUUCCAAAUGGAAGAGCAUUGGACAAUUCCUUGGGAUCCCCUAUGCAGCACCUCCAGUGGGAGAGAAUCGGUUCCAUCCUCCACAGCCUUUCACCUGGACAGACAUUUGGAAUGCAACCACAACCCGAGCUAGCUGCUGGCAGCCAGGGGAUGAUACCAGCCUUUCUUCUGUCAGUGAAGAUUGCUUGUUUUUGAACAUCUUUGUCCCACAGAACAAUGCGGGGAAUCUGCCAGUCCUGGUAUUCUUCCACAACAGCAUCGAUGCUGAUGAUCAGGCAAAAAAGACAGUCCUUGAUGGUUCCUACUUAGCCGGAGUUGGCAAUCUCAUUGUCGUAACUGCAAGUUACCGAGUUGGAGUUUUUGGCUUUUUUAGCACUGGUUCCAGUGUCGCAAAUGGAAAUUGGGGUCUUUUGGAUCAGGAAAUGGCUCUAAAAUGGAUACAGAAGAACAUUGCAAUGUUUGGAGGAGACGCAGGACAGAUAACGAUUGGAGCUAAUGAGAGGGGAGCGGACUUUAUCAGCACUCACCUCCUUAAGAGAGCUUUGAAUCCAAUCCUCUUCAAGAGGGCACUAUUGAUGGGAGGAUCUGCUUUCUCUCCUGCAGUAACACUCAGCAAAGAGAAAGCACGGGCACAAGCUGCUGUUUUGGCUCGCGAGCUGGGCUGCCCAUCUACCAGCAGUGCUGAACUUGUCUCAUGCCUUCGCCAGUUGCCUGCCAAAGCCCUCAAUGAUGCACAAACCAAGCUGCUAGCCAUAAGCGGGCCAUUCCAGUAUUGGGGUCCAGUUGUUGAUGGAUCCUACCUGCAGGAGUCCUUUCCAGCAGCUUUGCAACGUUCCCGACCUUUGAAGAUGGACCUACUCAUUGGAAGUGCACAACAGGAUGGGCUAAUCAUUCGUGCAAAGGCAAUUAAGCGUUUUGAAGAAAGCCAAGGCCGCGCCAACAGCAAAACAGCUUUUUAUCAGGCUCUCCAAAAUUCUUUGGGAGGUGAAGAGUCCAACCUUCUCAUCCAGGAUGCAGUCACCUGGUUUUAUUCCCUACAGCACUCAUCCACUGAGUAUGCUUCAUUCUCCAGGGCAUUGGAAAAUGCCACUCGAGACCACUUCAUCAUUUGCCCAACCAUAGAUAUGGCCAAGGACUGGGCUAGUAAUGGGAGAGGAAAUAUUUUCAUGUACCAUGUUCCAGAGAGCUCUUCCUUGAGCAGCUCAAGCCUGGAAUAUGUGCCUGAUGUUCAGCUUGCAUUUGGUCUGCCCUUUUAUCCUCAGUAUAAAAACCGAUAUAUGCUGGAGGAGAAGACGCUCUCCUUAGCCAUCAUGCAGUACCUGUCUAACUUUAUAAAAUCCGGCAACCCAAAUAGCCCUUAUGAAUUUUCAAGAAAAAGGAUCGAAGGAGUCUCACCUUGGCCCAUGUUUCGCGCAGAUGCUGGCGGAGACAAUUAUAAAGAGUUUACUUCUUCUUUACAGAACCAUAAAGGGCUGAAAAAAAUGGAAUGCUCAUUUUGGGAUUACAUCAAAACAGUAAAAGCUUUGACAAGUUGCAGAAGAGAACAACCUGUCCCAAGUAGGCCCACGAAAGAAUUGGCGAUGACACCCAUUUCUAAGACCACUGCAGUUAAGUUGCUGGAAGAUAAGGAAGCCUACAGCAAAUAGAGCUGACAGUUUCUGUCUAUUUUAGAUUGAAAUGGUGAAAUCAGAAUAUUCUGCACAUCUGAGAGAAGAACUCGCUUUGUUGUGUUAUAGUGGUGUCUCUGUAAUAGGUUAUUAUUAGCAGUAGUAUGCCAGAUACAAUGGCUGCCUUGCAAAGCAAGCAAAAUGUAAAAUAUAAACAGGGCACAGCCUAGUGGAUCAAACAAUGAAUUCUGAUGCAUUGAACUGUAUGCAGGUUACUGAAUAAAA